AUGCCACAUCAUCAUCGUGCCUCCGGAUUGAGGCAAUCCAACAAGGCCUUCAAAUCCAAGCACGCCACAAAGACCACGCUUCGUGAAGCAUCGAAAGGUCGCUCUGCCAGUGACGUAUCCAAUACCUCGCGUCUCGCCUCGCACAAAGCAUCGCCACUCUCCGCUUCCGGGAACGAGGUUGGCUCGCGUCAACACCGGAGAAACCACGCGAAGCAGGCGCAGCGAUCCAAGCGACACGCACUCAUCCAGUCCAAUCGCGUCUUCUCUUCUAGCUCCUCUUCGUCGAGAGAGGGCAAGGAUGGUCUCUCGAAAGGCUUUGCAGGUGCCGGUGCAGGUGCGCCCCGUAUCUGUGCUGUCGUAGAUCUGGCAGAGGACGGCGAUUCGUGGGAAGCCGUAAGGAGGAUCCAGGAGGAAGGCCUCGACGGCGGUGUUCAGCCUGUCGCUGGUCGCAGCGUUGACGAGGCGCUCGCGCAGGGUUUGCCGUACUGCGAGCUCGAGGCGACACGCUUCCGCCAGACGAUCCAGUUCCUCCCUCUCCCGUACGGCGCACUCUACCCCAUUCUCGACGCCUGCAAGUGCGCCGACUUUGUGCUCCUCGUGCUCUCGGCAUCCACCGCCAUCGACCCUGGCUCGUGGGGCGAGCUCUGCCUCCGAACUCUUCAAGCGCAAGGUCUGCCUACCGUCGUCGUCGCUGUACCCACGCUCCACCCAGAUGGCGCCACGGGUAUCGGCGGAAGUAAAAAGGCAGGCGCAGCACUCAAGGCCGCCAACGAGGUACGCAAGUCGUUGCUCAGCUUUGCAAAGUACUUCUCGCCCGAUGUCGGAAAGGUGCAUGCGCUCGAUGACCGAGCUGAACGUGGUGCUCUCCUUCGCACCCUUGCCACUGCCACGCCAAAGCGUGUCGCAUGGAGAGACUUCCGUGCGUGGAUGGUCAGCGAGGGUGCCGAAUGGGAGCCAACUUCCGAGGAGAGCAACGGCAAUGGAGACGCAAACGGCCUGUCAGGACUCAACGGUCAAGAUGCCCAGCGAGGCACACUCAAGGUGCAGGGUUGGAUCCGCGGUGCUCCUAUGUCGGCCGACCGUCUCAUCCAUCUUCCGGACUUUGGCGACUUUGAGGUCGACCGCAUCACCUAUGCUCCGCCACCCAACGCACGCACCAAGCGAUCCAAGGCCAGCGCCACCACUGCAUCUGCCGCAUCUAACGUCAACGAAGGCGAUGCUGCCAUGGUCGAUGCUGACGGUGUCGAGGCCCAGGAUGCACCGCUGACCGCAGGCGAUGUGCUUCAAUCGCGCGAUGACGAAUUUGCCGACGAUCUUGUCUCGGAAAACGAGCCGGAUGACAUGGCCAACGAACAAACGUGGCCCACCGAGGAAGAGAUGCAGGCCGCCGAGCGUUUUGCCAAGCAGCGUGCUGACGGAGAGAUGCCCCCGCCGCCCGCUCUGCCCGGUACCACGCCCAAGACCAUUGUCAAGGGCAGUGGCAACGCCAAGGACAACGCCAAGUACCGUGCUGCGUGGAUCAUCGAAUCGGACGAAGAAGACGAGGAUGGCGAUGACGAUGACGAGGACUUGGACGACGAUGACGAUGACGAUUCCCUCAUGAUCGACGCCGGCGACGAGUACAUGGACGGAGAGGGCGAUAUGCAGGUCAACGAGGCCAUCGACGACUACGAGCGUAUGAAAGCCGCUGCCAUCGCGCAACAGAACGCACAGCCCAGCGACGUUGUCUCUGAGAUGCCGUUCGAAGACGUCGAUGAUGCGCAGGCCGAAGCGGAAUACCUUGCCUACCAGGAACAGCGCAAACGCGAACGUGAAGAGCGUGACGAUGCCGAAUUCCCCGACGAGGUCGAUACGCCGCUCGAGAUCCCCGCCCGCUCGCGGUUCGCGCGCUACCGCGGUCUCAAGUCGUUCCGCACUUCCCCCUGGGAUCCGUAUGAGGACUUGCCGCGCGACUACGCACGCAUCUUCCAGUUCGAAGACUUCCACAAAACUCGUCGUCGCGUAGAAGGUGCUGCGCUGUUGGACGGUGUGCAGCCCGGAUUCCGCGUCAGCGUGUGGAUCAAGGACGUGCCGCGAGCAGCUGCCGUGCGUGCACGCGCGACCAACCUCGGGGAGCUGCCUGCAGUCGACUGCGCGGUCCCCUUCGUGCUGUUCGGGCUCUUGAGGCACGAACACAAGAAGUCGGUGCUCAACUUUACCGUCACGCGCAACACCGAGUACGAGGCUCCCGUACGAUCCAAGGACCCGCUUGUGCUGUGUCUGGGACCGAGGCGGUUCCGCGUCAAUCCGAUUUUCAGCCAGCACAGCCGAGGCGGUGGCAAGGGCGUGAACAACGUGCACAAGUUCGAGCGCUACCUGCGCCAAGGUGUCUCUGCGUCAGUCGCCACCGUGUACGCGCCGAUCACGUUUGGCGGAAGCACGGCGCCGGCGGUGCUGCUGCGCGAACGCGCGAUCGACGGCGAAGAGGGCUACGACCAGCGUGGUGUGUCGGCUGCACAGAUGCCGAACCUGGUCGGCUUCGGUAACCUGCUCGACGCGGGCCCGACCCGAAUCAACGCGAAACGCAUCCUGCUCAGCGGCCACCCGUACAAGGUGCACAAGAAGACGGCGACGAUCCGAUUCAUGUUCUUCAACCCGGAGGACGUGUACUGGUUCAAACCAAUCACUCUGCAUACCAAGCUGGGCAGGACGGGCCACAUCACAGAGAGUCUGGGUACGCAUGGCUACUUCAAGGCGCACUUUGACGGGCCGAUCUCGCAGAUGGACACGGUGCUGAUGAAUCUGUACAAGAGGGUGUAUCCGAAGUGGUCGCAGCCGUUCAAGGCGGCGUACGAGCAGCUGCCUCUGCCGCGGAGCGAGGUUUUCGAUGGUGGUAACAAGGGCGACGAGUCGGAGAUGCAGGACGAGUAG